UAUUCGACAUCAGAGUUGUGUGCUAGAGUCAUUCCAACCACAUGGUACUCUCCCAGACACUAUUCAGAUAUAACUACAAACCUUUGACAUGUCCAAAAAUCAAUGCCAAAGUGCAUUUUGCUGGACUUAGAACCCAUCUCCGAACUAGUUACAGAACCGUUAUAGCUCCUUUGUUCGUAACCAAUGGAUCCAAUCCUCCUCGGACCACAAACUUUGCACCCUGCAAAGCAAUAUCUGAAAAUGAUGCAACCAUUGUUAACAACAAGGAUGAGAUUUCUGAUGGAGCUUCUAAGGGGAAGAGCUUCUGGGGUGCUGUUGGUUUGAUCGUUGGUACUGCCGUGGGUCCUGGAAUGCUGGGUUUGCCUGCUUUGACCAUUAAAUCUGGUCCAUUUCCUUCAACAAUCAUAAUUCUUGCCUCCUGGCUCUAUGUCAUUUCCUCAAUCAUGAUUGUUGCUGAACUCUGAUUUGAUUUCAUGGAGGAAGAUGGGGUUGAAGAGGUGAGCUUCACAAGACUUGCAACAAACACCUUGGGUACUGGUUUUGGUGCAUUUGUUGCUGUGGUUUACUCCAGCUUGUCUUUUUCCUUGCUUGUGGCUUGUGUUGCUGGUAUUGGAUCCAUUUUCUCUCCAUGGUUUUCACAAGCUAAUGUUUUGGUUGUUCAUGCCUUGUUUCCCCUUCUUGUUGGAACAUUGAUUGCCUUUUUCCCAUUUAACACCAUUGAUGUUGCAAACCGCCUUUUGUGCUUCCUCAUGCUUUUCUCCAUAACUGGACUUGUUGCUAUUGGAAUAUCUGUGGCAAGAGCUAACAUAAUAAACUCAGUUGCUGUAGCCUCAUGGAAACUUUCUUCAAUACUUCCUAUUAUACCUGUGGCUGUUCUCACAUUAGGGUUUCAUGUCAUCACUCCUUUUAUAUGCAAGGUUGCUGGGAACACUCUACAUGAGGCUAGGAAAGCAAUACUAAUUGGUGGGGCAGUUCCUUUGGUCAUGGUUUUGUCAUGGAAUUUGAUUGUGUUGGGGCUUGCUGGGACUAAUAGCAGCACACCAACCACUUCUGCUGACCCCAUAUCCCUUUUGCUUUCUGUGAAUCCAUCUGCUUUAUCAGCUGUUCAAGGCUUUGCCUUCUCUGCUUUGGCAACUAGCUUGAUAGGAUAUGCUGUGAGCUUGCCCAAACAGCUUCUUGACACUUUGGAGUUGGUAUCAGGAAGUGCCAAAGUUUGCAAUGAGCAUAAUAGUACUAAUGGAAGAGUUGGAUUAGCCUUUUAUUCAGUUGGGUCUUGUAUUGGUAAUUCAGGGAAGGUUUGCUUCAAAGGUUCAAGAGAUGAGAAUAUGGUUGGACUUAAAACGAGAUCAAAUGAGAAAACUUAUGAUCCAGUUAAAGUUCUUAUAACACUCUCCCUCCUAGGUUUCUCAGUGCUGAUAGCUUCAUUUUUUCGCUCUACUUUUUCAACUGCCCUUGAUUUUGCUGGGGUAUAUGCCAAUUGCUUUCUGUUUGGCAUCAUUCCUCCUGUGAUGGCUUACAUGCAACAAUCCAAGAAGAAAAUCAGGCAAUCAAUUAUUCCAGGUGGAAAUGGGACACUUCUAUUGCUUUUCAUUAUCUCUGUGGUUUUGGGAAUUUGGCAUUAAAGAUUCUUGCCAUGACUCAACUUUUUUGUUUCUGUUACCCUUUUAGACAAUAUAAUCAUUCUUGUUGAGUAAAGGGUGCAAUAAUAUCUCAUUAUAAAUUGAAAAUAUUCUUGUAGUAAUCCAAUGAAACAUCACAAAAUGACCAAAUCUGAUAAGUUGGAAUUAAAAAAUGGCAGCAAAUGGGACGCAUGUCAUCAGCACAAAUUAGACUUAAAUGAGAAUUGUGCAUUCUCUUCUGUUCUGAAAACAUUGGUAAGA